AUGGGGUCCUGCUUUUCAAGUGAAAGCAGGAGCCCCCUACCUAGUUCCCCUGUGGGUGCUAGGAAGAAAAGGGGUUCAAAAAGGAGGGGCGUCUCUCGAGAUUCUUCCUUUGACUCUAGGAAGGAAGAACAAUUGCACCGGAUUUCUGGAAGGAUGUUCUUGAAUGGUUCAAGCGAGAUUGCUUCGCUUUUCACUAAGCAAGGCAAGAAAGGGAUCAAUCAAGAUGCCAUGAUUGUAUGGGAGAACUUUGGUUCGAGAACAGACACUGUUUUCUGUGGUGUUUUUGACGGCCAUGGUCCAUAUGGUCAUAUGGUCGCAAAACAAGUUAGAGAUUCUCUUCCUCUGAAGCUGAGUGCAAACUUGGGAGUUGAUCUAAAAAGUGACGAGAUUCUUAGGGCUUCCAGUUUAAGCACUGUGGAAAGCUUGCGCACAGAUGAUACUUCCUUUGUGUCUGUUGAUGAGGAAGCUAGGGCUUCCAUUGAUGAUAUUGACGAUAAGCGAUCAGAGGUCGUUGAGACACUGAGAGAUUCUUUCCUGAAGGCCUUUAAGGUUAUGGACAAGGAGUUGAGAAUGUAUUCGAAUAUCGACUGCUUUUGCAGUGGAACAACAGCAGUAACCUUGGUUAAACAGGGUCAAGAUAUUGUAAUAGGAAAUGUUGGGGACUCAAGAGCUGUAUUGGGUACAAGAGGUCAAAAUAAUCUACUAACUGCUGUCCAAUUGACUGUGGACCUUAAACCUAACCUUCCAGCUGAAGAAGAGAGGAUUCGCAAGUGUAAAGGACGUGUUUUUGCCCUUAAAGACGAGCCUGACGUUGCAAGAGUGUGGCUGCCGAACCUUAACUCCCCGGGCCUUGCUAUGGCCCGUGCAUUAGGUGACUUCUGUCUCAAGGACUUUGGCCUCAUAUCUGUGCCAGAAAUCUCAUACAGGCGCAUCACGGAUGAAGAUGAGUUCGUUGUUUUAGCAACCGAUGGGAUUUGGGAUGUGUUGUCGAACGAGGAAGUGGUGAAAAUCGUGGGUUCUUGCCCCACACACUCGAAUGCCGCUCGAACGCUAGUCGAGUCAGCUGCUAGGGCUUGGAGGAGCAAAUUUCCAACUUCAAAAGUCGACGACUGUGCAGCCGUUUGCCUCUUUCUUGGCUCAAACGAAUCUGAUUGCUUCACAACCAAUACUAAUGAGAAUAUAUCAUCACUUGAACAAAUCGAUGCUGCCAAAAAUGAUGAUCUUCCGGAUCCAAGUGGAUUGAACCGAUCAGAAACUGUCCGAGAGGCCAAUGAGGAAGAAAUUUCAGUCGACGAGCCAAAAAACAAUGAAUGUGGACAGGAUUUGGACGGAGUUUCUCGUGUAAACACACUGUUGACGGUGCCAAGGUUUGGGUAA